AUGGAAACCGACUCCGCAUCAGAAUACAGCUUCACGGGACUUGAGCCCGAUUCAGACGUGUAUUCUGAUGAGGAGAAUGACUUGACGGUCACCAUAAACCACAACGACUCGCCGUUUUCGACGGACCCUGUACCAGUGCGCGCGUCCCUUGAAACCGAGACCUCGGACCCAUACACUCAAGAAUGUCGAACUCAAAGUAACGAAUGGUGCACGUGCGGUCGGUGCCGCCCGCAGGAAACCAACGAAUUCGUUUGCUGCAGAGAGCUCGACGCGGGGACAGUAUGUGAUGACGAGUGUGUGGACUGCAUAACGGUGCACGACCUCUUCCAACUCAUGUGCUUGCACAGGAGGCAGCUUCAGGUGCGCAGCCGGUUCCUACGGAAAGAGCCUCCGUUUUACAUGGAACGCUGCUCUAGUGGCGACACCAACAGGGCCCUGCGCUACACAGCGUACCGAGAAUUUGUGGUUUUAGUGCACGGCAGAGGACUGGGUGCUGGACAGCGACGAAGAAUACCCGGAUGUGCGCUUAGGCGAAUAAGAUAG